GUUUUGACAAUUGUCAUACAUCUCUUUACAACAAUUAUAAUAACAAAAUAACGAAAAACAGAAGUUAGAUUAUAAGCAAGACCAAGUGCAUUCAUUUCACGGUUUACACUACAUAGAGAAACAAAUUACCUACAAGUACUAAAACAAUAUUGUCAUAGCUCUCGUUGUCUUAAAAAAAAGAAAAGAGACAACAAUACGAUCGUGUUCUUGUAUUCCGGCAAUAGAAACCCACACGAAACAAUAACAUGUUUUAUUCAAGUGAAUCACUACACUUGAUUUAUUGACGAAAUUUCAUUGAUUUUGAUAAGGCCGAUAAGUACAGCGAUUUACAUUUCGAAAUACCAAGCUUUGACCGUCUUUUCUUAUCUAUAAAUGGAAUUCGGAAAAUUAAUCAUUAGUUGUUCACUAUAGCACACACGUAACAUUUUAUUAUUGUCGAUGCGGACGUUUAUUAACAUAGUUCUACUAAUUUUAACAGACUUAAUUGUGUUUUCUUCAUCUGACAAUAUGAGUGACAAGGCUGUGACUUCCGCUAUCGCAAAAUUCUCGGCGAGGUUUUGCAAUGAACUGGAUAAGAGUUCAAGUGUUGUUUCCUCUCCAUUGUCAGCAGAAUAUGUGUUAGCUCUUCUCACUUUGGGCACAACAGAUAAUGCUCAUGAAGAAUUGUUAACCUCCCUGGGGAUUGCCAAUGAUGAUGCUGUUCGUUCUUCUUUUGCGGCUGUUUCAUCGAAUUUGAGAUCAGUGAAAGGUGUGACACUAAAUGUAGCUAACAAAGUGUACUUAAUGGAUGGAGAUUAUGAUCUGAAUGAACAACUGAAACAAGAUGCGGUUAAAGUGUUUGAUGCUGCCUUUGAAAAGGUUGACUUCAGUAAUGGGGCAGCUGCGGCUGAACUCAUCAAUAAAUGGGUUGAGAGUAAAACAAAUGAGAAAAUUAAAAAUCUCCUUUCAAGUGACAGUUUGAACAGCGACAGUCGGCUUGUGCUUGUUAAUGCCCUGUAUUUUAAGGGUACAUGGAAGAAACAAUUUGACCCCGCUAAUACAUUGGAUCAACCAUUCAAUGUGGACACGGAGAAAACUGUGAUGGUACCAAUGAUGUACUUGGAAGAUAACUUCUCAUAUGGAGAGAGCCAAGAAUUAGGAGCACAGUUAUUGAAAAUGCAUUACGUGGGUGAGAAAGCGAGCAUGCUGAUUGUGCUGCCUAAUGAAAUCGAUGGGCUGGACGGUGUUCUACAGAAACUGGCUGACGGCUACGAUCUAAUGGGAGAAGUUGAUAAAAUGUUCGACACUAAGGUGCAAGUAACCAUACCCAAGUUCAAGAUAGAAACUGAAAUCGAUCUCUGCGAUUUACUACCAAAGCUCGGUAUUAAAGCUAUCUUUGACAGUACUAACUCGGGCCUUACAAAAGUAUUGAAUACCGAUGAAAAGUUAUACGUGUCGAAAGCAGUGCAAAAAGCUUUCAUUGAGGUUAACGAGGAGGGCGCUGAGGCGGCCGCUGCUACAGGCAUGGUGGUGAUGAUGCGGUGCGCGCGGCCGCCCGCCCCCCGCUUCCGCGCAGACCGGCCCUUCCUCUACGCGUUGCUCGACUCGCAGAAUCACCUCCUCUUCGUAGGAACAUACCGCGCCCCGAAAUGAUUAAACACCUUCACCUAUGUAUUGUACAACCGAAUCACAGUUUGUUAUCUGCUUGCAAUAAACUUAUCUCGUUACGUUUGUCGUGUCGUGUCUGUGCUAAUUCAUCAUGCGAUUUUAUCAAAGUUCCACGUUUGCUUGCGCUUUAUAUCAUUUCAUAAUUUAAAUAACACACACACAAUUUUAUGAAUUUGAUCAUAUGAUUCAAAUUAGCGUAAAAACUAUCUUGUAUUGGUUAAAUCAAUAUUGAAGGAAACACACUACUUCGUGGCGUAGGAUGUCAGCAAUCACAGCAUAUUUUUGAAUAAUACUUUCUUUAAUAAAAAGCCCU